AUGGAGCCCAAAAGUACCAGAUUAGGAGGGUCAUCCUUUACAUCCAAGAAGAUAAUCAAGAUUAUAUUGCUGACUGUUUCACUCAAUCUCCUAAUAAUGAACGGAAUACCGUACAUUCAAUAUCAAACAGAAAGAUUAAGAAAUAUAUUGUUUUCUUAUUUCCAUACUACCACGCCCACCGAUAGUGAGAAUUCAUUACCUAUAUUUGCUGAAAGUAUAAUGGAUUUCGAUGACUUUAAUACCGUGGAUGUGAAACGAUUGAGUGGAUUUAUCAUUAUUUGUUUGCUAUUUGUUGUUCCAUUUUUCUUUUAG